GUCUGGAAUGUUAUUGUCACACAAAGCCUUAGAUCAUGAGCCACUCCCUCCUGCAGCCCGUUCUCUCAUAGCGACCUCCAUCUUCUCUGCAGUCCGUGAGAUCAGCACACAUCAGCGCCUACAGCACCUGCGAAAAACGGCAAAAUGCGCGAGUGUAUUUCCAUUCAUGUGGGUCAAGCUGGCGUCCAGAUUGGCAAUGCCUGCUGGGAACUUUACUGUCUCGAGCAUGGGAUUCAGCCGGAUGGACAGAUGCCCAGUGAUAAGACAAUCGGUGGAGGGGACGACUCCUUCAACACUUUCUUCAGCGAGACAGGAGCUGGCAAGCAUGUACCCAGAGCAGUGUUUGUAGAUCUGGAGCCCACUGUGAUAGAUGAGGUCCGCACUGGAACUUACCGUCAGCUUUUCCACCCCGAGCAGCUGAUCACUGGAAAGGAGGACGCAGCGAACAACUACGCUCGUGGCCAUUACACUAUUGGCAAAGAGAUCAUUGAUCUUGUUCUUGACAGGAUUCGCAAACUGGCUGAUCAGUGCACUGGACUUCAGGGCUUCUUGGUGUUUCACAGCUUUGGAGGAGGAACUGGUUCUGGUUUCACCUCUUUGCUGAUGGAGCGUCUUUCUGUUGAUUACGGAAAGAAAUCCAAGCUCGAGUUCUCCAUCUAUCCAGCUCCACAGGUCUCUACUGCUGUGGUGGAGCCCUACAACUCCAUUCUUACCACCCAUACCACCCUAGAGCACUCAGAUUGUGCUUUCAUGGUUGACAAUGAGGCCAUCUAUGACAUCUGCCGUAGAAACCUUGAUAUCGAGCGUCCUACCUACACCAACCUCAAUAGGCUGAUAGGUCAGAUUGUGUCCUCCAUUACUGCCUCUCUCAGAUUCGAUGGCGCCCUGAAUGUUGAUCUUACAGAGUUUCAGACCAACUUGGUGCCGUAUCCACGUAUCCAUUUCCCUUUGGCAACUUAUGCUCCUGUGAUCUCUGCUGAGAAAGCUUAUCAUGAGCAGCUCUCAGUGGCUGAGAUCACUAAUGCAUGCUUUGAACCAUCGAAUCAGAUGGUCAAAUGUGACCCACGUCACGGGAAGUACAUGGCCUGUUGCCUGUUGUACCGUGGUGACGUUGUGCCUAAAGAUGUCAAUGCUGCUAUUGCCACCAUCAAGACCAAGCGCAGCAUCCAGUUUGUGGACUGGUGUCCCACUGGUUUCAAGGUUGGCAUCAACUACCAGCCUCCAACUGUUGUACCUGGUGGCGAUUUGGCGAAGGUGCAGCGAGCCGUGUGCAUGCUGAGCAACACCACUGCUAUCGCCGAGGCUUGGGCCAGGCUUGAUCAUAAGUUUGAUCUGAUGUACGCUAAGCGUGCCUUUGUGCACUGGUACGUAGGUGAAGGUAUGGAGGAGGGCGAGUUCUCUGAGGCUAGAGAAGACAUGGCAGCUCUGGAGAAAGAUUAUGAGGAGGUGGGAGUAGAUUCAGUCGAGGGAGAAGGAGAAGAGGAAGGUGAGGAAUAUUAGAUUUCCUUAAUUUCAUGCCUUCCUUAGAAUGAAAAUGAGCAGGUAGCCUCUAGACUGAACAAUUUCACAAGCUUAAGAACUUUAUUGCCAGGUGACAUAAUGGUAUUGGUGUUAGUUCCAAUCUAUGUAACUCCCUGAUAAACAUUAUAACAAAAGCUAAUUGUGGAUAUUCUGUUCAGUGUGCAUUCUGGUGUUAAGAACCCAAUAAAGACCUUAAAAUGA